GAAGCUGCUUUGCUUUGCUUUGCUUGCUUCUCUCCGCCUGAUGCUUUACCCACCUCCGGCUGCCAACGAGUACCCUGUGGCUGUGGCAUUGCUUCCCAAAUCCCAAUCCCUCCAGGCUCCAGCUCUUCCCCAGCACCGCCAUCGCCCCGGUCGCCGCUGCCGUCCGCUGAUAUUUGUCACCACCGACUGCUGUGCCGUGCAGUGCAUCCCAUCAAUCUCAGAGGUUGGUGACGCAGCAUUGUUCUUGAGGUGGUACAGGAUGAGGUGGGAACAAGAACAAUGCUGGGCGUCUCCGGCGAGAUCGAUAAGUUGGGCGACAAGCUCCAGGACCUUAAGAACUUCCUCACCGACGUCGAUAGGAGGAACAUCACUGACGAGACAGUCCAAGUCUGGGUGGGGCAGCUCAAGCGCGCCAUGUACGAAGCUGCUGACAUCCUUGACCUCUGCCAGCUCAAGGCCAUGGAGCGUGGGUCUUCCUCCACAGAUGCAGGGUGUUGCAAUCCCUUGCUCUUUUGCAUGCGGAAUCCCUUCCAUGCUCGUGAGAUCGGCACCCGCAUCAAGGCACUCAACCAGAGGCUCGACUCCAUCAAGGAGCGGAGCGCUGCUUUCAACUUCAUCAAUCUUAGGUCCUAUGAGGAUUGUCAUAGCAGCAAUGUCCACAUCUCUCCUCAUGGCAAUCCUAGCCAGGAGACGGUAGGGGACUCUGACCGGUCCGCUAUUGUUGGAUACAAGAUUGAAGAAGACACAAGAGCACUGGUGGCCCAAAUCAUGCAGAGGGGAAAGGAUGACAACAAUGGCAUCAAGGUGGUUGCUAUCGUAGGUGUUGGUGGGAUCGGCAAGACCACCCUCGCCCAGAAGGUCUUCAAUGACGAGGCAAUCCAUGGUGAAUUCAGCAAAAAGAUAUGGUUGAGCGUCAACCAAAACUUCAGUGAUGUUGAUCUGCUGAGAAGGGCCAUCAUCGAAGCCGGAGGAGAUGCCCAACCACCUGAAAGUGCAAAGACCAGCCUUCACGAAACCCUCAAGAAUACAUUGAUUGACCACAAGACCUUUCUGGUAAUGGAUGAUGUGUGGAACCAUAGAGCAUGGGAUGACGUGCUGAAAAUACCCUUAGUCAAUGCUGCUGCUCCAGGCAGCCGAGUCCUCGUCACUACCAGAGAUGAAGGUGUUGCCCGAGGGGUGAAAGCUAUAUUGCCGUGCCACCAUGUCGACAUAUUAGCGCCUGAAGAUGCUUGGUCAUUGCUCAAGAAGCAGAUAUGCUCAAGUGAGAUAGAUGAAGACCACACCAAUACGCUUAAGGAUAUCGGCUGAAAAUUAUACAGAAAUGUGUCUAUUUACCAAUUGAUGUUAAAGUAAUGGGAGGACUCUUGCGUGAAACAGGGGGGCUACGUCGUGACUGGCAGUAGGUUUUGGAUGACUCUAAAUGGUCAACAACUAAAAUGCCCGAUGAGCUCAACCACACAAUAUACUUAAGCUAUGAAUAUAUGCCUUCUUACCUGAAGCAGUGUCUUCUGUACUACUCUCUUCUUCCUAAAAACAGAAAUUUUACUAUGGAUGAAGUUGUUGCAAUGUGGAUUAGUGAAGGAUUUAUUCAUGGAAAUUCUAAUGAUUUAGAACAAUUGGGAGAAAAUUACUACAAGGAGUUGGUAUCUAGGAACCUUAUAGAGCCAGAUAAAUCGUAUGCUGAUCUAUGUGUUUGCAACAUGCAUGAUGUUGUUCGCUCA